AUGCGUCUUAUUUACGGGGCCUCCGCCCUACUGGGCUUCACUUUGACGCCGGCUUUGGCUCUGUGCCCAUAUGCUGCACAGUUGGGUAUCGACAAGAGACAAGCACCUCCGCCGCAUCCUCAUGUAGCCCGCGAUAUACCCACAUCGGAGAAAAAGGGCAUUUUCUAUAUGAACCGCAUUGCGCCGGGAACAUCUGAGCUAUACAUUUCAAACAUCGAUAGCACGAAUGAACGCCCCCUUCUCUCCAAUCCCGUCUUCGAAUAUCACGCCGAUUUCUCCCCGGAUGGAGAAUGGGUUACUUUCACCGGCGAGCGCAACGGAGACGGAAAUUCGGAUAUUUAUCGGGUUCGAACCAAUGGCUCUGAUCUCGAAGAACUGGUCGCAACCUCUUCAAUCGAAGACUCAGUUGUCAUGUCGCCGAACGGAAAACACGUUGCUUAUGUAUCAACGGCGAAUGGAUACAAGGCCAAUAUCUGGGUAAUGGAAAUCUAUAGUGGCAAGAAAUGGAACCUCACCGGUACUGCUUCGACUACGGCCAAUGCUUCUUUACCAGAUGGGUAUUUCCACGGCGAAUGGAUUGCUUUCUCCUCGGAUCGGAACUCGGGUUGGUAUGGACACGGUGAUCCCGUCUUCAUGGGCGUGAGCGGCUGGGAACAUACUCAAGAACUCUCGAUCUAUGCCAUCCGACCCAACGGCUCUGAUUUCCGACAAGUCGCCUCCAGGAGUGGUUGGUCCCAGGGCUCACCCAAGUGGUCGCCUGAUGGCAAACGAACUCUUUUCUAUGAAAUGACACGAGAGAACACUUGGAACUCCCAUCGUCCCGAAUCAAUCGACUCGGCCAAUUCGACAAUUAUUUCCGUGGACUUUGAGACCGGGUCUCGUCGUGUUGAAGUACAGGGAGCCGGUGUCAAGAUCUUUCCUCAAUACCUUUCCAGUGACAAUAUUGCCUACUUCACCAAAGCUACCGGCAAGGAGGGGCUUUACACUACUGAUGGUAGCUUCUUCAACACUUCCAGCGCCACAGUGCGUUCUCCGUCAUGGUCCCCCGAUGGAAAUAAGGUUAUCUAUGAAAAGACUGAAUGGGACAUCCGCCCCAUGGACAAGAAGCUGUACAGCUGGGAUCCAGAAUGGGAAUACCGCUUCACAGAUGUUUUCCCUCAAUUAUCCAAUCAGAACAUGUUUGCCAUGACUGAAAAGCAACUCGGAAACUCCUCCAUCGUGUCAAUGAAUGCCAACGGAACCAACGAGCACCUAGUCUUUAAUGACAUGACGACUGAUUUCCUCGAGACAGCAGAAGUCUCACAAGGUCUGGCUGGAGCCUUCCAGCCUUCAUGGUCACCCGAUGGGAAAUGGCUUACCUUUGGCGUUGGCUUCUGGUUCCAAACUCGCGCUGAGAGUGGUGGCUGGUUGGUGCGCGCUACCGCCAAUGGGUCGUACUAUGAAGUUCUUACCGAAAGCAUCACCACCCUCAGUGCGAACAGCAGCAUUAUAAACUCGGGUUUCCCCAGUUUCUCGCAUGACGGCAAGAAGAUCAUCUUCCGGGUGUGGGGUUCUCGGUCUACGCAUGCUGGAUCUAGAGACGCGAAAGAUCUCCGUCCUAACUACGGAAUGGGACAACCUGCCUUUCUUUCUCCCGAUGGCGAGCGCAUUGUGUUCACCCGCAAAGUCAGCGAUACCAACUAUGAUGUUUGCACUAUGCGGUCCGAUGGCACCGACAUCAAGGUUCUGACUAGUAGCGGUGCAAACGAUGCUCAUGCAGUAUGGACACACGACGGCCGCAUCGCGUAUUCCACCGGCAUGUUUGGUUUCCAGUAUGAGUGCGCUCUAUACGAUCAGACUUUCCAGCCAUAUGGUCAGGUGGUAGUCAUGGAUGCGGAUGGUUCAAACAAGCAAGUAUUGACGGACUCUCUCUGGGAGGACUCGAUGCCACUUUACGUCCCCAAUGCCGCACUUCAAAAUAGCCCUAAAAUGGCUCGCCGUGGCUGGCAUUGA